UUUCGUGGCUUUAAACGUUCAAAGUGUCUCCCGUCGUUGAACAACAAGAUGGCAGCAGCAGAGCAGCAGGAGAAGCAGCAGCCGCGCGGCGGCCCCGUCAGCGGCGUCGGUGCUCGGUUUGACCGCGGUGCGGGUCCUCGUCUCUAGCCUUUCCUCAUGACUUACUAGAAGGUAUGGCCUCACAAGUCUUGGUCUACCCAUCACACCCGCACUCAGCUCAAACAAGUGCCUUAGGAACCAGCAGCAGUGGUACCAGCAGACACAAAGACGAAGCUCACCACAGCACCAACACCAGCAGAGCCUUUCAGAAACGACCCCCGCCCAAGACCUAUGUGAUCGGAGUCAACUACGGUAUCGCCUACCCCAACAACGUGAUCCCGUCCUCAGCCGGCGCCGACUCGGGGAGAGCGCACAGGGGACCGCAGCCCGGAGAGAGGGAGAGGUGGGCGCUGCCGACUGCAGGACUACAGAGAGAGGAGAGCCGGGACAGACGAGGAGAAGGCCCACAGGAGGUGAGGCUUCGUAGAGACAGUGGUGGAACUCCAUCGGGAGGAGGUGGAGGAGCAGGAGGAGGCCUGGACUGCGGGCUACUGAGGAGGGCCUGCAUCAGAGCCGAGCAGGAGGAGGACAGAAGCAGGAGAGUACAAGCGAGAGGCGGAUACGUCAACCUUGUAGACACAGGCUCCACCCAGAGAUGUGAGCAGAAGACAGGCGAAGGUGGAGAACAUCCGCGGGAGAAAAGCUGCGUCGGAAACAUGCAGAUAGUGGAGGAGGUGCCUGCGCUGCCUUCACUUCCUCUGCCUGUGGCUAUGUUGCAAACCAGCAAAGGGAACAAUGCGGACACGCUCAGAGUCGGCGGCGGAGGAACGCUGCCAGCUCAACACAACAGGGUCGGGGUGGACGGGACCGAAAUGAGGCCUAACGGCAGCUCCGGGACGACGACGGCGGCGGCGGCAGCAGGAGCUACGGUGACCAGAAACGGAUCGGUAGAUGGCGACUAUCAGUUAGUUCAGCACGAGGUUCUGUGCUCCUUGAAGAACAGCUACGAGGUGUUGGAGUUCCUGGGUCGCGGCACCUUCGGUCAGGUGGUGAAGUGCUGGAAGAGGGGAACGAACGAAGUGGUGGCUGUCAAGAUACUGAAGAACCACCCAUCCUAUGCACGUCAGGGACAGAUCGAGGUGGAGAUCCUGGCACGGCUGAGCAGCGAGAACGCUGACGAGCACAACGUGGUGCGUGCCCUGGAGUGCUUCCAGCACCGCAGCCACACCUGCCUGGUGUUUGAGAUGCUGGAGCAGAACCUCUACGACUUCCUCAAACAGAACAAGUUCAGUCCACUGCCGCUCAAAAUCAUCAGGCCUAUCCUGCAGCAGGUGGCGACAGCCUUAAAGAAGCUCAAGUCUCUGGGUUUGAUCCACGCCGACCUGAAGCCAGAGAACAUCAUGCUGGUGGACCCCACCGUGCAGCCCUACAGAGUCAAGGUCAUCGACUUUGGCUCGGCUAGCCACGUCUCUAAGGCCGUCUGCUCCACGUACCUGCAGUCCAGAUACUACAGGGCUCCAGAGAUUAUUUUGGGCCUGCCAUUUUGCGAGGCCAUCGACAUGUGGUCCCUGGGCUGCGUGAUAGCCGAGCUCUUCUUGGGCUGGCCCCUCUACCCCGGAGCGCUGGAGUACGACCAGAUCCGCUACAUCUCUCAGACUCAGGGCCUUCCUGCCGAGCAGCUGCUCAACAAGGGGACCAAGACCUCUCGUUUCUUCUCCAAAGAGUCUGACUCGCCGUACGCCUCCUGGAGACUAAAAACGACAGAAGAGCACGAGAAAGAGACGGGACUAAAAUCCAAAGAGGCCAGAAAGUACAUCUUCAGCUGUCUGGACGACAUCGCACACGUGAACCUGGUGCUCACUCCCGAUAACAGCGACAUGCUCGCAGAGAAGGCCGACAGGAGGGAGUUUGUGUCUCUGCUGAAGAGCAUGCUGCUGAUCACCGCCGAGGACCGGACGGUUCCCUCCAGCGUCCUCAAUCACCCCUUCCUCACCAUGACUCACCUGCUGGACUACCCGCACAGUAACCACGUGCAGUCGUCUUUCCGCAUCAUGGACAUGUGUCACAGCCGGCCCACCAACGCCAUCUUCGACGCUCUGAAUCAGAACACCAUUCACUUCUCGAGACCUCCCGUGGCCCCCGCCGUGUCCUCGGGCCUCCCGCUGGGCUACAGCAACAUACCGGUCCACACUCAGACUAUAACCCAGUCCGCUCAGUCAGUGUUGCAUCCUGGGAUAGCUCUAGCGCCUGGGAGUGGUCAGUUUGGGUGCAGCGACUCGUUUCCACCCGCCCUUCUUCUUUGCCCCCCCGCCAUGCAAGGUAACCUCAACCAACCAGCGGGUUAUUCCGUUCCCAUGGUAACUCAGGCCCCUCCCAUACAGCCCCUCCCGGUGAGGCCUGGUGUGAUCGCUCAGCAGGCCUGGUCCAGCCGGGGGCAGCAGCUCCUCGUCCCGGCAGCCUGGCAGCAGAUGACCACGGUGGGUCCUCCCCCCUCUCACCCACCUCCACCACCCCCGUCCUCCCUUACCAGCGACACCGCAGGCGGCCCGCAGAGGAUCAGCGACUGGGGGAAAGUGCGUCCCCACAGCAGCCACUACAACUCGGUGAUGCAACAGCCUCUCCUGACCAAUCAGAUGUCGGCCCUCUCUGCCCACCAGCCAAUCAACAUCGGCAUAGCUCACGUCGUGUGGCCUCAGCCGGCCAAUAAGAGGAACAGACACAGUCACAACAGGAACCUGUCGCACCUCAACAACAUCCACAUAUCGGCGUGUCGGACCCCCAAAAUGUCCGACAUUGUGGGACAGGCGGAGGCGCGGCGGGAGCAGCCGCAGAGGGAGGCGCCGCUGGUGGAAACCAGGCAGCCAGAGGUUCAUAACACAGACGAGGAAGAAGACGACGCGGAGGAGGAAGUGAGCUGCUUCAAAGAGGCGGUGCCAAACAACAACAACAACGGCCAGCUGGAGCUGUCGGGUCAGCAGCAGCGAGACGUGGCCGUGCUGAUGGGCGACACGCCGAGCCCCGCGGGCAGCGUGAUCAGCAUCCACAGCGAGCUGACGGACGGAGAGGAGGAAGGCGACGACGACCCGCAGAGGUGCCGCCUGAGUGGCUGCAAAGAGGAGUGUGAGUGCGAAGCGUGCAGGAACACCAGCGUGUCCAUGGAGAGAGUGUGUUCCCUCAGCAGCCCCGACAGCAGCCUGAGCACCAGCUCUUUCGCCUCCAACUCGCUUCAGUCCAGCCCCUCCGUCUCGCCGUGCAAGAGGCCCAACAGCAUGUCCGAGGACGACGGCCACGAGAGCGGCUGCGACACAGUGGAGGGCUCCCCCACGUCUGACACGUCCACCUCCCCGCGCGGCAACAGCACCUACCAUUACCUCGACAACGGUAACCACAACAACCGGCCGCCUUUGGCCGCGAUGGUAGCGCCGCUGCCUUCCCCUGCGGUGCAGGGCAGGAGCCCCCGCGGCGUCAGGACGAUGGUGGUUCCACCGAUGAGGGUGCAGAACAAUAACACGCAGGGGGCCGAGGAGCGCGUCCAGAGGACGGUGUCAGAGUCCUGGUCCCGGUCCAAAGGUCGCUGCAGCAUCGUAGGGCAACACAGCACUCCCUCUUCCGUCCCCCUCCUCCCAUCCGGCCCCCUCAUGUCCCGACAGCAAAAGGUGACUGGACAGCAGCAGCAGCACCCUCCUCCUCUGGGCUUUGGACAGGUUCCGCCGUACGGUUCAAACCACGGCAACAAAGAGUGGAACGGCAACUAUGGGCCCCUGCGGCCGCACGCCUACAUCCCCCCCACAGUGCACACACACACCUUCACACACCUGCAGCACAGCAGCCCCACACACACUUCGGCCGCCCCGCACACCCUGCUGUCCUACCCGCCCAGCGGGCCCCUCACCGCCGCUCACCACCCCCACCCCCACCACCCCAUCCUGCCCUCUCGCCCUCCCCCUCUCCUCCAGCACAGCUACAGUCUCUCCCACCCCCAAGGAGGCGCUAUAGUUCACCAGGUGACCCUGGGCAUCAGCGCGCACCCCCACCACCCCGGACACCCCGCUCCCCACCCGCACAGGCUCCUCCCUUCCCCGACCAUCCACCCUCACCACCAGCCCGGCUAUGCCCACCACCCGCACCAGUUCAAGCCGCCUCCCUUCCCCCCUCCUCACCCGUACAUGGCCUCCCCAGCCGCCUACACAGGCUUCCCUCUGAGCCCCACCAAGCUCAGCCACCACCCCCAGUUCUCUUAUAUCUGAGGAGCCGCACGGGGCCGCAGCACUACCUUCUGGUGAGGAAGGGCAACGGGAAAUGGACUGGAGCUGCGACCUGGGCGGGUAGAGCGAGCAGCAGAGCACAAAACGGACACUUGUGAUGACGAGGAAGACGUUGGUUAACGAGGAGGGCGGAUUUAACGAUGUAUCAUAUGGGGGACUGAGGAAGAAGAUUAACAAUGCUGAAAGAUAAAAAUGUUUCACGGCGACUCACGGCCGUCAAAAGUCUGCGAUCAUGUUCGAUUUUUUUGUCAGAGCGACCUCGGCUCUGAAGGACCUCCUGCGCAAUCAUGUCAGCCAACGGACGAUUGAUGAAAACCGCAGAGCUUCACGAGAGCGCAUCACAGCCGAUGGCGAUAAGGAAAUUGGAAUGGAGGAUGUGUGUUUUGCACAUUACCUCCUGUCACGUGUCGAGUAGUGUUCAGAGAAUUUGAUCUAAUUCGAGGCUGGAAAUCAUUUUGUUGUUGUCGUCGUUGCUGUCAGGGCGCUCGGCCUCCCCUUCCCUUUAUCUUUGUUGCCUUGUAGCCGGUCAGAUCUCGUUUGUUUUUAAGCCAUCCCCGUCUGUAUUAAACCAGGAUGGAACGCUCCCGUCUCUGUCGGCGGCAGACGUCACCGCCGCCGCCUCCUUAGUGCCUUAAAACCAGAGUCUACGACGACGACGACGUUACUUCAGGAGCUUCUAGAUUGUACGUUUUAAAACGGGCUUGCAGCACUUAGAACCUUCGGACUCUGAACACGAUGGGCUCGCGCGAGGAUUAACGCUUGUGGUCUCGUUUUAAUAUCGGCAAAUGUUGGACUUUCAGUUUUUGCUUUCUAACUCAGAGUAUGGAUUUACUUUAGCUAGAGGCUGCACAUUUAGGGCUUUGACUGAAUGAGCUUUUUAUGUACAUAAAGAGUGAUUUGAUAUUUUGAUAAUCGAUUUCUAUUCACUAUAGUACUUAAUUCACAACAGUAUUGUCACUGUUUACUGUAACUGCAAUACAAUCUAGAUAGCCUCUGGGUUGCUGUGUUUUUAUUCUUAUUUUGCAUUUAGACUCGCAUUAAAGCGUUUUUAUGUUUUAGUUUUUUGGGAGUGGCAUAGAUUUAAACAACGACAAAAAAAAAAGCUGUUUUAUGUUUUUACUUCUAAAAUGCUUCUCAGUGUUUGAAAUAACCUAUGAACUUUACAGUAUCAUCGCUGGGCUUUCGAGUGUUAGAGGUGUAUCGGUGAUCGUUUCGGAUACUCGUGCGAGACGACCCCCUUUUUGUCCUUGUAUUGAAGCCUGUUUCUCAGUUUUGAUACAUUCCUUCAGGGUGGAUGCAUAGCCUUGAUUUUUAUUUUAUUAUUAUUAUUUUUGACUUCCAGUGUGUCGUAGAGCUGCGUCUUUACCCGUCACUGUCACAUCCGCUGGUAUUUUUACUCCCAAUCAGCACCAAAGACUGUUUUCAUUAAUCAUUUCUCUCAAGCAUGGUCGAUACUAUUUCUCCUCUCACCUCCGGCAUACUGUCACAGUUAUCGGCGUUUUUUUUUUUUUUUUUGGAAUAUAUUGUGAGAUCUCUAUUUUAAAAGAAAGAAAACAAAAAAAACACACAUGAGGUUGAGGUUUUUAUUUUUCUGAGCUAUGUUUUGGCAAAAUUGUAUUUGGAAUGUAUAGAUAAUAAGCUGCUAUGUACUGAUUAUCUGCCACUUCGUAGCUGUGAAUUUUAGAGGAUUAAUCUCAUUCUAGCCUGCGUUCUCUCUUUGUAUUGUAGUUCCCGACGACGAGAUACAAUAGAAGUGGGUUUUAUUUUAAAGUAUAUUGAAUGCUAUUCCUAUAUGCUAGUGCCUCUGUAUAUUGGCUUUGUUGUUUUGAAGUGAUUGUAAACUGCUGUAAUGGAAGUUUCUUUAAUUUUUUUUUUUGUUUAAUUCUGUUGCUUUUUGGUGUGUGUGUGUGUGCGCGUGUGUGUGUUUUUGUGCAUUUAGCAUCAGUAUUUCAAACGUAGGCUGGGUUCACUGUAAGCGGUGUGUCGUCGGCGUAUUGUUUUAGCUUUUUUUAUUUCCGUCAUCGGACUGUAUUCGCAAAACUCUUCGUACUGUACAAACUAGUGCCUUUCUCUGAAAACAAAGCGGCCGACAGGCGACGUCUCACGUUGAUAUCAAAGUCUAAGUUCCUUUUUUUUUUUUCUUUCAGGGGAUCAGCUCCUAUUUUUCACGACGAUCACAAAAGAAAAAACCCCAAAGUUUGUUUGUUCGUUUGUUGGAGUUUUCUUUUGUUUUACAGAAUCCUAAGAAAGUAACAAGUCAGGGAAUGUUUUAUUUCACCAAGAACGCCGUGCAGUACUAAAAAAAAAAACAAAAAUAGGGCCUCAGUAUGUACACACACAAAAAUGCAAAGCUUUAUUCUCACACCGUGAAUGUAUUCGUGGAACUUUGACUGUUGAAAACGAGUUACUUGUUGCUCCACAGCGUUUUCUCUCUUUUCACGUGAUCGGGGAUGUCGAUGGUUUCUUUUUUUUUGUAUUUGCAGCUAUUACCAUAGAUAGAUAUCAUCGUGUUUAUGUCUCAGUCAGGGGUUUCUUUUUGAAAAAUGCUUUAUCCAUCAAUCAAAAGUUUAUAGGUCCAAAGCUUGUCCCAUCCUCGUCGGGAGUGUAACCAACCGCCCGCCAGGACGAAAAAAUCUUUGCUCCGUUUCGGAUCAUUUGGAACUUGAAAAAUAUCCCGAUGCUCGUCGCGGCGGUUUGCCGCUCGCUGCCGUUCUCUUCUGCGUAACGCAUUUGUUAUGAUUUUGCUACGUUGCUUGUAACGGUGGGUGUGUUUUGUGUUGUCUAAUCUGCUACUGGGUUUGACGAACAAGAGGAUGCACUGUUGCACAGCCUGGAUUUAUAACUGAUAGGUGUGUGUGUGUGUCACGGCACAGUAAUCUGUACUUAAUGGGUUUUUUUUCCAUCCUGUGGUGUGCAUCCUCUCUCGUUGAUUCCCAUAUGUCUCUAUUGUUUGUCUCGGCUCAGCACCUGCUAUGAGAUGAACACGCGUCCCACCUCAGAGAGUAUAAUCCCCCCCUCUCUACCAACCACUUUGGGCUGAUUGCUUAGGGUGGAUAAUCCCGCCCUGCCGUCCUUCCACCGCCCGCGGCCUCAGGCUGACGGUUGUCGUCAAAGUCACCGUCGGGGCAGGAAGCACACGGAGCCCAGCAGCCUUAAAUCACAAAGCAGGCAACAACAAACAAACUUAACGUGAAUCAUUUUUUGGGGAGGGCAGUAAUCAUGGAUUGGGUUCAUCAAUAUUCCCAGAUUAGGCUGCUCUGCUUUCACUGGGACCUCUCAGCAUCUCAUGCGGGUUCUGGGCUGAACUUGCGAAAUUCGACUCCCAAGACACGUUUUAGGUAGAUUUUUGUACCACAGUUAUCUAAUUAUCGGGUUGACAUUUAUUGUAUUUAGACACAAAUAUGUAGACAUGAUUGCUAAAUUGAAACUGUUACUGUUCUAAAUGUGUAGAUCUGUGUGGCUUUCUGAUUUUAUUUUAUUUUUUGAUUUGUGUUUUCUUUUUCUUAAAUGCUACACUAGUUUGACAUGUAGCAACUGCACUGUGCAAUAUUCAACAAUA